UUCAUCUACUAAAUGUAGGACUGCUGAAGUGAUUAAGGGCAUUUGGGAUUAGGUUCAGGUUUUUUAAUAUUCUUCGGGCACAACAGCAGAUUUUCUUGCUGUAUCUGGCUGAAAGUUCUUUCUGAUGCAGAGUUUUAGAAAUACACAGGUGUAUGAUGAUUCUGGCCUAAUCUUUCAACAGCUCUUAGAAUACUAUGUUGGGUUGGAAUUCUUUUUCCUAUAAAAAGGUCUGGAGUGUCAUGUAUAUUUGUUUAUUGUGUUGUUUCCAUUUUUCCCAAACAGAGCUUCUAUUUUCCAAACCAGUUGAGGUCCCCAAGUUGGAGAGUAAGAUAAAAGGAUGGAUAAUGGAGCAAGAAAUCCCAAGAACAGCCAUACUUGACACACAGGUAAUUUCAGAAAAUCAGGAUUCAAUUUCAAAGAGAAUUUCUGGAGCAGAAACAUCCCAUGGAGUGAUAAUGACAACAUUGACCCAAAGUAGACUUCCUUCUCUGGAUGCCUGCAAAAGUGAUGAUUGGUUAGUUAGGAACUGGGACAUAAAAUUGUCACAAGAAGCUUUCAUUUAUAAGACAGUCGAUACUAAGAAGAGAGACUUUGAAUAUAGUAAAAAUAAAAAAAGCUUUGAUGUUAAGUCAGUUAACUCAGUUUUUGAUAGUCAACAAGAAGUUCCUAUGAGGAAGGGGUCCCCCAAGUGCCAUAAGUUUAAAACUAAUUUCAAAUUUAAUUUUGACUUAGUGGGGAAGCAACAUUUAGAAUAUAAGGAAUGUGGGAGCCUGAGUACAGAUAUUCAACACCCAAAAAGUCAUACCACAGUGAACUGCUAUGAAUGUUUUCAGUGUGGGAAAGUCUUCAGCCGGAGUUCAUCCCUUGUUCGACAUCAGAUCAUUCACACAGGAGAGAAACCCUAUAAAUGUAGUAAAUGUGGGAGAUCCUUCAACCGGCGAACAAACCUUAGUAAGCAUCAAAGAAGUCAUCCAGAAGUAAAGGCCUACAAAGGAAAUAAAUGUGAAACAGUCUUCAGUAAGAGUGAAGACAGUAAUAAAAGCCCAAGUCUUCAUCCUAGAGAUAAUACUUAUGAAUGUGUUAACUGUGGGAAAUCCUUUAGCCGGAGCUCCUCACUUAUUCGACAUCAAAUGAUUCAUACUGGGGAGAAACCAUUUAAAUGUAACAAAUGUGAGAAAACCUUCAACAGGAAUUCAAACCUUAUUAAACACCAAAAACUUCAUACUCAAAGAGAAGUCCUAUAACAAGUAAAUGGAAUAAUGCCUUCAGUCAGAGUACAGAACUCAUUCAACACCCAUGAACUUAUGCUGGAAGGAAUCCUAUGAAAAUGCAAAUGGAAAAAAACUGUUUGUCAGAGAUUAUUCUCUAAUUGAUAAUGAUGGAAUUAAUAUUGGAAGGAAAUCUGUUAUUGGAUAGAAAUCUCAGGUAGAUUUUCCUGGCUUCCAGAUGAAACCACAGAGUUUGGAAUUAAACAUAUCACCAUACAAGUGUUUGUCUAUCAUUAUUCUGAUGUUCAUUUACCAUCAUCUUUCUCUAGUUCAUAAAUAGGACCUAUUCACCUAAAUCUAUUGAAGAAGUCCAUAUUACGGAGAAGCCAAGCAAUAUUCUUGGAGUUGAUAUUUAAUAAAACUCAAACUUUCAGUUCUUAAUAUGAAGGUCACAAGUAACCAGGAGAUGAUGAGAAAAUAGAAGGAUAUUAUAAGGACUGAACUCUCUGAAAUAAUGGCAAAGGUCUUAGUGACAGCCAAUUACUCCACCCCAAUUAAUAUCCUUGGCUGCCCUGGUGCUCAGUGGGGACUACAAUUGGAAAAGAGUAAUCAACUGCAAUAGGAGGUGGAUGUGUUGUUGUUAAUCUACAUGUAUCUUUUUAAGAUAUGAAUUUCUUUUAAUGUACUCUUGGAUCUAGGCUGGAGGACACCCAUAGCCCUAGGUCUAUCAUUUAUCCUAAACAUUUAAAGGUCAAUAAAGUGUCCUCAAGUGGGACACAGGCCCUGCCACCACUCCAGAGGAAUAGCCCACCAAAUCGCAGCCAACGCUGCUAUGGCACAAAAUGCAGCCCACAGCAAACGGUGACUGUGGGCACCAGGUAAUGAUGUCACAUUUUUGUUGACAUUCUGAAGCUGAAAUUGUCAACAGAACAUGUCUGAAGAACAACUGUUGCCACAAUGUACCUCUGAGGCUGAAAGAAACAACAUGUCUGAAGAACUAUUGGCACAACAUGUCUGAAGCUGAAAAAAAGGCAUUGUUGACAGAACAUGUCUGAAGAAAAGUCAUCGACAAGUACUACCUAUACUGAUAGGAACUGCCUUCAUAACGAAAAUGAAGUAAAUGAGGAUGCAAUUAUCAAACACAGUUGUGGAAUGACUGUUACUUGUCAAUUUUGCCUAUCUCUAAAUUUCUCUAAUGAAAAACCAUCUGAUGAAAAAUUUACUCGAUGUUGUAGCAAAGGCAAAGUUUGUCCAAAUGAUAUAAAUUUUCCAGAAGACCUGGCAUAUUUUAAAUUAAUGAUAAAUGAAGAUUCUGACAAAAAUUUCACGGAAAAUAUUUGUUGUUAUAUCAUGUUGU